UCUCCAAAAUCCCCAAUAUUCACUGCAAAUUCAUUAACUGCAAGAACAGCUGCGGCUGAACCGACGGACUCGUUCACGCGUGCUGUUUUGCACGGUAGAUCUCUCGCGCUUUGUUUGCAUAGAGACUGGUCUUUUGUUUUUAAUGAUGGUUUAGUGCGUCAGUGGUCUGUAGCGCACAUUGAGGUCAGUAAGUCAUUUAUGAUGCUCAUAUGAGCGAAAUACUGACGCGAAUAUUGCGACGAUCAUUUUUAAAGCCGCAGACAUGUCAGUCGCGUGUUUCCAGUGUCUGAUGUUCGGUUCUGCUCUUCUGGUUUUGGUAAAUUCUGAGGAUCUGAGUGCUGGUCUAGCGCUCCUCCCCAACCCUCUCCUGUCCCAUGGGCCGGUUCUGGAUGUUCCUGUGGGCUUUGAGCAACAUGAUGAGGUCUCCAAAGAUCAGAUGCCCGGGUUGAUGGACAGUUCUCAGGAGAGUUCUGGGUUCUUCAGUGAAGACAGCGAGGACAGCAAGAACGCCAAGCCGAUCCAGCGGUGGGACACUCAAGGCGAGACCAAAGAAAGUGGAUCUGACCCGGAUGCUAUGAUGGAUCUCUGUCUGAUGCCAAUGGAGGUUGGACCAUGUCAUGGGACGUUCCCUCGUUGGUACUUUAAUGCCAUCACUAAGAGGUGCGAAAGGUUCAUGUUUGGAGGCUGCGGAAGAAAUCUCAAUAACUUCCUGUUGCUGGAGGAAUGUGCCAAAGCUUGCCAAACAGUAUCUGAUAUCAGCGCUUCAUCGCCUGAACCCCUUCCUCCUCCUUUCUCCCCAUCUCUCAGCUCAAACCCCAAUGAGACAAACUAUUCUUCCACGCUUUUCGUCCCUACGGCCGAAUCUCUGGACCCGGAGCAGUGGGAGAGUGAUUCAGAAUCUAGCGGUUUCUCCCUCCACACCUCCACCCUCCCGUCAGCCGCAGCUGCUACAGACCACGCCCCCUCCACCGUGGCACUGUCCGCUUUUGGACUUGAACUUCAGCGCGACUCAAAUGCCACAGCUGAACCUGACAGGCACCUCAUGUCUGAAGACCUGUUUGAUGACGAGAGGGCCCAUGAAACCACUCAACCACCCACGGCCCCUGAAGUGGGGCCCCUGCCGAGCCGAGGGCCCCUGCAACCUGAUGAACCCCACCAGGAUGAUUCGGAUGAAGAGGAAGAGGAGGGUGAUGAUGAAGAGAUGGUAGUUUUUCCGACAGAACUGGAUGAGGAAGAGGAGGAUAACUGGCGGUACCUGACGCCCCUCACAACCGGGCCCUCGCCCUCACCCUCACCUGCUUCAGACCUGCCGCCUGUGGUCUUCACCGAGACCGCCUGGCAGGGGGCACCGCCUACCAUAGCUGGGGAUGAGGAGAGGACAGAGCUUCGGCACGGAGGCACUGAAUAUUUCACGGAAACUGAGCUUCAUGACUCUGAGGUGUCCCAGGAGAACGAGCAGGUGAUCUGUGUUGACUGGAGCAACCUUGCAGGGAAGGGCUACGUCAUCCUCAACAUGUCCGACAACAUUGACUGCGAUGAGUUUCGGAUGGAGAGUGGAGACAGACUCCUGGAAUUGCUGGAAAACACUUUCUCCAGAAAGAUGAACAUCCCACAAGGGUCCUGGCUCAUAUUCCUCAGCAAACCCUUACAACAAGACCACCAGCUUCUAAUGACCUUAGCUAGCGAACAGGAAAUCAUCCCGCCGAAAGACAUGCUGUCAAUGCUGGGAGAAAUCAGGAGAGGCCUGUAUGAGAUUGGCAUCCAGAAUUAUUCCAGUGUUAGCACGUGCCACGCCAGGCCCAGUCAGACUCGCAGUGACUACGGGAAGCUGUUUGUGGUUCUCGUGAUCAUCGGAUCAGUGUGUGUACUUAUAAUCGCUUCUGGAAUCAUCUAUAUCUGCUGGCAGCGCCGUUUACCCAAACUCAAGAACAUGUCGCGAGGUGAAGAGCUCCAAUUUGUGGAGAACGGUUGCCAUGACAACCCCACACUGGACGUCACGAGCGACAGCCAAUCAGAGACGCAGGAGAAGAAACACCGCGCCAAUGGGGUGACGGCUGAAGGGGAUGGCGGGAACGGUUGGCAGGUGCUCGUCAACAAGCCCAGGAAAGAAGAGGAAGACAACCAGGAAGAAGAUACUCACCUUUAAUUACACCAAACAAUCCACAAACAGCAUGGAAGCCCAGAUAGCACACGUACAUCUCCGAGAUGUCUGUUUUUAGACCUUUUCAUCUGGAAAGCAUCACAAUCUAAUAAAUAUCUGCUGAACAUCUUACAAAGAUCAGAUUUACAAACAUUCUAAAUCAUAAACGUCUCAAAGACAUCUGCUGAACAUCUUACAAAGAUCAGAUUUACAAACAUUAUAAAUCAUAAACAUCUCAAAGACAUCUGCUGAACAUCUUACAAAGAUCAGAUUUACAAACAUUCUUAAUCAUAAACGUCUCAAAGACAUCUGCUGAACAUCUUACACAGAUCAGAUUUACAAACAUUCUUAAUCAUAAACGUCUCAAAGACAUCUGCUGAACAUCUUACAAAGAUCAGAUUUACAAACAUUCUAAAUCAUAAACGUCUCAAAGACAUCUGCUGAACAUCUUACAAAGAUCAGAUUUACAAACAUUCUAAAUCAUAAGCGUCUCAAAGACAUCUGCUGAACAUCUUACAAAGAUCAGAUUUACAAACAUUAUAAAUCAUAAGCGUCUCAAAGACAUCUGCUGAACAUCUUACAAAGAUCAGAUUUACAAACAUUAUAAAUCAUAAGCGUCUCAAAGACAUCUGCUGAACAUCUUACAAAGAUCAGAUUUACAAACAUUCUUAAUCAUGAACGUCUCAAAGACAUCUGCUGAACAUCUUACAAAGAUCAGAUUUACAAACAUUCUAAAUCAUAAACGUCUCAAAGACAUCUGCUGAACAUCUUACAAAGAUCAGAUUUACAAACAUUCUAAAUCAUGAACGUCUCAAAGACAUCUGCUGAACAUCUUACAAAGAUCAGAUUUACAAACAUUCUUAAUCAUAAACGUCUCAAAGACAUCUGCUGAACAUCUUAUUGACAUCUGGAAGGAAAUGUGUUAUAGAUGUAUUGCAGAUAAGCAAACAACCUAAAAAAAUGUGUCUUCCAGAUGUAAACACACACAUCAAAUAGACGUCUGGGUGAUGUACGUGUUAAAUCAGGGUUUGCAUUAAAGACUAUGAAGGGCACAAAACAUUCUCAAGCUUUUUCGAAACAUUUGCUGUAUAAAAUGUGACGUCUUUUAGCUUGUAUGAUGUUUUUCUUUAUCUGCAUUGACGAUGAAAUUCAGAUGAACAAAAAGUGCCAUUUUCAGUGCAGGAUCCAAUCAUUAGAAUUGUAUUGAAAUGGAAUGUGUCAAACAAUCACUAGGAUAUUUUAGAAUUUUAAAUCGGUUCAAAUGUUUCAGAUGUUUGUUAGAAAAUAGUUUCUAGCACUGGUAAUGGAAUAGUUUACCCGCCAAAAUGAAAGUUCUGGAUUAUUUACUCUUGGAACAUAAAAAGAGAGGUGAAUUAUGAACUGUAGUUAAUACAAAAAUAAAGUCAUCAUAUGGGCUUGUGAUGACAAAGUUAAUAAUGAACGAAUUACCAUUUUUAGGUGAACAAUUAUUUUGGAAGCACGUAUGUACUUGACAAUAGAAAACUGGAUUGUACAGAUUUUUUUUUAUGUUGGUUUGCUUGAAGGACUAGAACGUGUAUGUAUAAUAAUUCACUAUAAACAUGCUGAAUUGUAUUUAUUUCAAUGCAAGUACAUUUAAGCAAGCUGCAUAUUGUUUAUACAUGCUGAAUGCUGGAUGGAAGCCUACCUGCCUUGCUCCUUUAUCAUCUAUUGGAAUGGCUGCUCCGUACUGAAUCGAUGUUGCUAUUUGUCAAAGUUUUUAUAUUGCACUUUGAACCUUUUUAGCACCAAUGGCCUCCAAAGCAGAAUGGUUCAUUAGAAAACCAUCAAAUGUAGCUAAGUGGAUUUCCCAGGUAGCACACGUACCUCUUCGAGAUGUCUGAUCAGUGGCGUAGCCAAGGGUGAGCCUGAAGACCCAAAUUAGAACCUGGCCCACCCAAAAUAUUAGAGAUUAUUCUUUGAUUACUCUUUGACUUUGAAAUGCAUAAAUUCUGAUAUCUAGAAGUUUAAAAGAACUGUUUGAAUGCACCAUUUCUCUGUUGUUAAGGAAAAUAUUGGGGAAACAUUUGUGGCCGAAAACCUUGCCCAUCCAUUUUUGUUGAGGCCCACCCAAAAGUAUAUUCCUGGCUAGGCCCUUGAGAGGGUUUCAUCGAGAAAGCAUCGCAUUCGAAUUAACAUCUGCUAAACAUCUUAAAUAGAUCAGAUUUACGUUCUAAUACAGUAACGUCGCAUACACAUCUGCUGAAUGUCUUAUUGACAUCCUAGAGGAAACAUCUUAUAGAUGUAUUACAGACCCAAAACAUACGUUUCCUCCUCAAAAGCAACCCAGAUAGACACGUGCAUCUCCGGGAUGUGUUUAAGAGUGUUUGAUCUGGAAAGCAUCGCAUUGUAAUUAACAUCUGAUAUACAACUUAGAGUAUAUUUACAUACAAUCGAAAUCAUUCUCAAAAACGUCUGCUCAGUAUCCAAGAGGAAACCUCUUCCAGAUGUAAACACGCAUCAAAUAGUCGCUUGAGUGAUGUACGUGAGCUAUCAGGAAAUUUUUUCACAAUUAGAUAAAGACUAAAAGGGUUAACCUGAGUUUGUUGUGGUUAUCUUGUUAAUGGGACAGUCGUUUUGGUACAAAAUCGUAUUUGUCGCAAUAGAAAAGGCUUUUCUCUUUAUAAGUGCAUGAAACACUGUAGUAUGUAAUUCUAUGCACAUAUCGGGGCUCAACUGAUUGAAUGUACACGAUUAAGGAAACAUGUUUAAGUGGUUAGAACUCCAGAAAUCUAUAACAUACAUGCAUUUUUUCUUUAAUGUGUCUUGGCGUAGGAGAAUUCUAUGCUACUAUAGACUAACAUGUGGAACGCUUCUUUUUGUACCAUCCCGUCACGGUACGAAAGCUAUUAGCAGAUUUGCACUUUUUUCCAUUUUGAUUUUGUACCUCAAACUGCUUUACGUAUUUGAUUGUACGGAGAUUUAGAUCUCGCUGUAUUCUGGUAAUUUAUGUUACCCCAUCUCUUAAAUGAGGCAAAAAAUAAAAUAUGU